AUGCCACCCCCUCCACCAAGAGUAGACGUAAUAAUCCUCGGCGCCGGCCUCUCCGGCCUCUCGACCGCCGUGCACCUCCAUCGCGCAGGUUUGGCCGUGAAAAUUCUCGAAGCCCGGGAUCGAGUGGGAGGGAAGACGUGUUCGCGCGAGGUGAAUGGGAGUGUAUGCGAUGUGGGAGCCGCGUGGAUCAACGAUUCGAAUCAGAGCGAAAUGUAUGGGCUCGCGAGGCGGUAUGGUUUAGAACUGAUCGUGCAGAAUUCCGAAGGAGAGAUGAUCUGUGAUGAGGGGAUCGGGAGGCACCGGAAGCAUCCGUAUGGGGAAUUGAGAGUUGCGGAGGAUGGGAGUGAUGGAGAGGAAAUUUCGGAGGUGAGGAGAGUGAGGGAUGUGGUUGAGGAGAUGUGUCAGGGAAUUGAUGUUCGGGAUCCGGUGGGGAGAUAUGGGAAGGAGAAUUUGGAUUUGGAUGCGAUUACGUUUGAGGAGUGGUUGGAGGGGAUUGGGGCGGGGGAGCAUGCGAAGAAUGCGAUGAGAGUUGGGACGAGGGCGUUGUUGGGGGUUGAGCCGGGGGAGAUGAGUGCGUUGUAUUUUUUGGAUUAUUGUAAGUCGGGGGGUGGGUAUUUGCAGAUGAGGGGGGAUAGGAAGCAUGGGGGGCAGUAUUUGAGGGUGAAGAAAGGGACGCAGGCGUUUUGUAAGGGGCUUGCUGGGGAGUUGCCGGAUGAUGCGGUGGUGUUGAUGGCACCGGUGAGGAGGAUUGAGCAGGUUGCGGGUGCGGUGAGGGUGACUUCUGCGAGGGGAGCGUAUGAGGCGGAGAGGGUCGUCGUUUCUGUUCCGACGCCGUUGUACAAGGAGAUUAUCUGGAGCCCGCCUCUGCCUGCUGACAAACUCGAAAUGGCUCGCUCUACCAUGCUCGGCGAUUACUGUAAAUCAAUCCUAUUCUACAAGACGCCUUGGUGGCGCAGACAUGGCUUGACUGGCAUGUCGCAGUCUGCUCGAGGUCCUAUUGGCGUGACGAGGGACACCAGCGUUGAUGCGGAUGGACACUACAGUUUGACAUGUUUCUUGGUAGGGCAGCCGGCUAGAGAAUGGCGGCUUCGAUCGCCUGAACAGCGGGAGAAGGCUGUACUAGCGCAGAUCCAGCAGCUCUUUGGAAAAUUUGCAGAGGUCGACGAGCCGAUCCAUGUCGAGGAGCAGAUCUGGAAGGACGAGCAGUGGAGCCAAGGCUGUCCAUGUCCAGUAUUCGGGCCUGGUGGAUUGACAAAGUUUGGGGCCACGCUCAGAGCACCGAUGGGUCGAAUUCACUUUGUAGGCACGGAGACUGCAUUUGAGUGGAAAGGGUACAUGGAAGGCGCAGUCCGAUCGGGAGAGAGGGGCGCCCAAGAAGUUCUGCUUGCCCUUGAUAAUGCCGCGAAGCUUUGAGGCGCUUUCUCUCAAGAUAUGUUCAUCCAUUCCCCAGCAUCAAAGUUGACAUCAAAUUCCGGCCACCCAGAACCGCCCAUGAUAUCUCGCCAGGUCAAGUCAUUGAUUGCAUUUGUUGGAACGCUCGAGGCUUCGGCAGCAAUCCCGUGUAUCAUAUUCAGACAUCUAUUACUCAGACUGAUGCAGAGCUUGUACAAAGCCUUCGCGUUGGGCCAGUAGUUAGCCAGCAACUGUGCCGGAUGCAGCGUUCUUUCAAGCUGAGCACGAGCUGAUACUGCACGAAUCUUCGAGCCCGCCUGCAGAGCCGAUCGUACUUCCUGCGCAAACUGAAUCGCAGCAGCAUACAGCGCUGUCGAGAAGUAGAGCUGACACUUGCGAAUCAGAUCUCGGGCAGCCAUCGUUUCGAGCGUGGUCAGAAUCGUGGAAGCCGACUCGGCGCAGAUCAUUGACGCCUCUGGGCUAUUGCGUGCGCGAUAAGUCGUCAGUUUGAGGAAGCUGUAGUAGAUUCGUAUCUGACAGGACCAGAUAUCAUGUCCCACUGGUAGCCUCCACUCGACGGCCGCAAGAUCUGCGGCGACAUUGGGCAGAUUCUCGUGCAUAUUUCUGGGACUAUGUAAAGCUGCGAUUCGCAGAGCAAUCUCUGACAGAUCCGACAUGAUUGCACAGAAAUCUUGCUGGAUGCUGAAAUCCGCCGAGCCGCUGUAGCUGUUGAAAUCCGUUUCCACGAGAGGAGGUUGAUCGUAGUCUUCGUAUCGUAUCAUGCACGGUCGUCCAAACUCCAAGCUGAUGAACGCUUCUGCUUGCAAUACCGCCCACCAGCACUUGCGAUACUCUCUCUUGUCAAAAUCCGGCAUCAUGCUGCGAGAGUUGGGCCCAAGAUCGCGAUGCAUGCCAAGUCCGAAGGCCAUGCGGGAGGCUUGUCCAAUCCAGUGGUAGCAGC